AUGUGGAAUGAUUCUUCAACCUUUGUCUUUUUUGUUCUUGAUAUUUUUGGAGAGUAUCAGUUCAGUCGCUCAGUUGUGUCCGACUUUAUGACCCCACAGACAGCAUGCCAGGCCUCCCUGUCCAUCACCAACUCCUGGAGCUUGCUCAAACUCAUGUCCAUCAAGUCAGUGAUGCCAUCCAACCAUCUCAUCCUCUGUUGUCCUCUUCUGCCUUCCAUCUUUCUCAGUAUCAGGGUCUUUUCCAAUGAGUCAGUUCUUCACAUCAGGUGGCCGAAGUAUUGGAGCUUCAACUUCAGCAUCAGUCCUUCCAAUGAAUAUUCAGGGUUGAUGUCCUUUAGGAUUGAUGGAUUUGAUCUCCUUGCUGUCCAAGGGACUCUCAAGAGUCUUCUCCAACAUCACAGUUCAAAAGCAUCAAUUCUUUGA